GUUGCCCUGAUCUGAUCAGGGUAGGGCAGAAGUAGUACACAUCAUGUUUGAAAAGGUCCAUUGCACAUUGAUUUCAAUUUCUACUAGCUUUCCCAAUGUUUUCCUCCUUUGCCAAAGUCUUUUAUCAUCCAACUGCAUCAGUUCAUAUAUUUCAUGGUAGUUCUCCGCAUCUUGCUUCGUAGGAAAGACAAAAUCGAAUCAAAGAAGGAAGUUUGAGAUUUUACCUCUAACAUCUGUUUUAUCUGAUUUACAUGCCCAAACUUGUCUUCGAACUAUUUUCAACAUCUUCCACUCUAGUAUCAAUAUCAUCACCCUCAACAAUUCCCAAUCAUCUUGUCUUAGGUCAACAUAAUAUCAAAUCAUUAAGCUCCGUCAGAUGCAUGUUGACUUCAACAAAUACUUUAGCAAUUGAAAAGAAGAUGGUACCUGGAAAUGAAGUCCAACAGGUUGAAUUACUUGCUGGGGUCGAGGAUUUAUACGGAGGCAUCAUUAUAGACAUGGAGAAAACUAUGGAUUCUGAGGCCUUCGUUCCUUUACUUAGGGCUUCAUUAUCGCAGUGGAAGCAACGAGGAAAGAGGGCGGUUUGGAUUAAAUUGCCUAUCGAACUUGCUAAUCUGGUCGAACCGGCGGUUAAGGAAGGGUUUAAAUACCACCAUGCGGAACCAGAUUAUGUAAUGCUUGUAAAUUGGAUCAGCAAAUCUACCAAUAGUCUUCCUAAAAACGCCUCGCAUCGCGUUGGGAUUAGUGCUUUUGUCAUGAAUGACAAAAGACAGGUGCUUGUAGUUCAAGAGAAGAGUGGCAAGUUCAAAGGCACAGGUGUCUGGAAAUUCCCUACUGGAGUUGUUGAUGAGGGUGAGGAUAUUUCUAUGGCAGCAAUAAGGGAAGUUAAAGAAGAGACAGGGAUUGACACUGAAUUUGUGGAAAUUUUAGCAUUCAGGCAAAGUCACAAGUCAUUCUUUACAAAAUCAGAUUUACUUUUUGUUUGUAUGUUACGUCCACGCUCGUUUGACAUCCAGAAGCAAGAUACAGAGAUUGAAGCUGCCCAGUGGAUACCAGUGGAGGAGUAUGCAGAGCAGCCUUUUAUGAAGAAACAUGAUAGCUUUAGUAGUGUAGCCAAAGUAUGUUUAACAAAGUCAGAGAAGGAAUAUGCGGGAUUUUCCCCAAUUCCUAGAACUACAGCUUCUGGCAAGACCAGUUACUUAUACUUCAACACCAAGGAUCUCACCCAACUAUGAACCGUGCUGUACUACUCUUCAUUCUUUCCAUGCCGGUAGCUCCAGGUCAAUGAUUGAAAGCUAUUUAUUUUACUAGAAUUUAAGUCUUAAGGCUUUCUGGAAGGUCUUGGGUAUCAUAUUUUUAUACUGAUGUUGGAAUAUACGUUGGACAUGGAAUAAGGGUUGUUGAAAAAUAAUGAAGAGAAAUGGAAAUGAAGUUCAGCAUACAUUAUUUAUUA